AUGCCUCCGCCUUUAUACAUCAGGGGCAAGGGGAUUCGGAAGGCCACGGAAGCAGCGGUGCGGCGGUGGCAGCAGCUUCGUUUUGACGAGCUGCGCGAUCAGCUCGCCACGAAGUUCUCAGGGGAGCUCCGCCUGCCCAUCUUCUGCUCUGCAACGCUCUCGCAACCCCAACCAAAUCCGCCGGCCUCACCGUAUAUAUCCAUCAACCUCAGGGCCAAUCGCUCCGAUCUGAUCCAGUGGCUGGCCAUCGAGCACUUUGGGUUUUUCCACCCCGAAGGAAAGACCUCCGUGGAGACCGUGGCGCUCCCUCGCCCACUCGCCUCAAGCGAGGUCACCCUGCACGUGGGGCCUCCGAAACCCAUCGGGUAUCCCACCUCCAUUGAGGCGGAAACGCUCAACUGGGCGGAAGGUGUCCUCCGUGGGGAGGCUCACGCGUAUAAUCAUUUCUACGACGACUUCACGGAUCCGUCGUCGAAAGGGUAUCUCCCUCCGGUGCGGUGGAUCACCCAACGCCUGCUCGACGGCGCCGUCAGUCGACGCGUGGACGCCCAUUACGGGGUGACGGAUCGCUCCACGCUCGAAACCCGUCGCCUCGCGCGGCGGCUCUUUUCCCGCCACCUCCCUCUCCAUCAACUCUCCCCUUAUUACGCCCUCGACGAGCUGCUUGGUCGGUGGGGCCUCUUUGGCGAGGCCGGGCAGAUGCUCCCCCCAUCGAACCCCGCCCCCGAGGCCGCCGAAGGCGACCCCGCCGCGCAUCUUUCGCGCGUUCAGCAACUCGCCCUCGGGGGUGCGCUUUUGCCCGCCUUCCACGGCGUUUGGCUCCGCGGGGCGGUGUUAACGCAUCGAGGGAGUGGCGCCACGGUCCUCCUCCUCGGCCCGCGACGCUCCGGAAAGACCACCCUCGCCCUGCAUUGCCUGGCCGCCUCGCCGGAGGUGUUGGUAACCGCCGCGGAGAAUUUCUUUCUCUGCCCAGGCCGUUACGUGGCGGGGAUGCUUGGCGUGUCGGAACCCCCUUCGACCCCAGAAGGGGGGGCUUUUUUAAUCGCGAGCGUUCCGGGUUCGGUCUCCGUCGGGUUAGGGGCGGUGGUGGGGUCGCUUCAGUCCAACCCCGCGCUGUCGGCGUCCGUGCGGCCCCCUGCCCUCGCCACCCCCUCCGCGGCGAGGCAGCUGUUGCAAAACUCGGAUGGGGUGGUGUGGGGGAUGUCGCAGAAGUUUCGCGUGCAUCUGGAGGAGACCUUCCCCCCUCUAAAAGGAGGGGGGGGGAGGGGGGAGGUCCCGCCCGGCCGUCCUCGGACCCAUCCGUGGGGUGGUUCUAUUGGGGUGGGAGGUGGGGGAGCUUUUUCGCACGGGCCCGGCGCAGGUGCGUUCGGCGAUGGAAAAAAUCCCGCUGGAACGGGCGUGGGAUCAUUUCGGACUCCUGGACGAAAACGCUUCCCUCGUGCAGGGGCAUUAUCUGCUACGCAGCGUCUACGAUGGGGCUCAUGGGGUUCAACACCUCAAGCGUAUCAUGGAUGA